ACAAAUUUACCAAGAUCAGACUGAGACAGUCCCUUCAGAAACCAGAAACCCCAUUGUCAAUGUCAAUCUCUCCCUCUAUGGUAAAUCUAAAACAGAAUAAACACAAAUUUUACAGCCACCCACAAAAAAAAAAAAGGUUACAAAUUUACCAAGGUCAAACAGUCCCUUCAGAAACCACAAACCUCAUUGUCAAUGUCAAUCUCUCUCUCUCUGGUAAAUCUUCUUAGCUAAGGCCAUUAAUCUCUAAAAUUUCAUAGCCAAGGCCAUUCGUCCUUUGCUUCUUUGCUUGUACUUCAAAAACCUUGUUCUCGAAGUAUAUCUGUCUUCUGUUUUCUCAGUUCUCUCUCUCUCUUCUAUAAAAAUGAGAAGAAGAGGGGCUUAAGGAUAAGGGUCUUCUUUGUUUUCUUUGUUGGGUUUUGAGUUUUGUGCAUUUGGGUGUAAUGGGUAAUUGGAAAAAUCGAAGAAUUUUCCGUCAACGACGAGCUCCAAGGUCGCCUGUUUACGACACUGUACCUCCUCCAGAAUGGAAAGAUGGCAUGCCUUUAUGGGAAAAGAAAUUCUGCAGUUUGGUUGGAACAAUACCAUGGGGGAAGAUAGUAGAUACCAAGAAUAUUAUGUUCUGCCAUAAAAAUAUUCUCAGUUGGGAUGAUUCUGCUGGCGAAGAAGCACUUCAAAAUGCAAAGAAAUGUAUUUGGGCAAAGAUGAAUAACCUCCCCUGUGAAAUCUCUCCGCCUGAUCCAGAUAUUUAUACUGAUGAAAUAGAUUGGAAUACUAAAAUUGAUCAUGAACUGAUUAAGGAGUUGGAUGAAGUGUACUUUUCUUCUGAUGAGGGAGAAGAGAAUUCAAAUUUGGGGUAUAAAAACAAUAGGAUAAAAAAUUCAAUGUCUGUUCCUUCAGAGGGGCAUUAUAUGAACCAAGAAAACAAUCCUUGGGAAUGUAACAAUAUGCAGGGUAGUGGAGCUCUGAAAAAUGAAGCACAAGGAUGGGAAUGUGACAAUAUGCAGAAUUGUGGAACUCUGAAUAUUAAUGCACAAGGAUGGAAACAGUGGGAAGAUAAUAAAAUGAUUUAAAAAUUUUGAAUGAUGAUAACAAUCCUUGGGGGCGCAGCUUCACUCAAGGCAAUGGAG